CACGUCGAACAACGCCCGGGCGACGGUAACGGAAAGAACGGGUAUCGAGCAUAAAAAGGAGGAAGUGGAUCGCGAGGAAGCUGCGCAAAAUGCGAACGCACCAAUUGCGGCUGCCGCACCUCCCGCAAAUAGCAGUAUGAGUAGCAGAGCUUUGACAAGCGCCAAACUUUUGCAGAAAGCAAAACAGAUUGCGAAUCCCCUACCGUCUGCUGCGAUGCGAUCGAGCCUUUCGCCCCCGUCUGGGGUAGCUGCACAGUACGAAAGCGAAGUGUCGUCACUGCUCGAACAACAGCAAGCGCUUGAGCAUGAGGCAGCGCGUAAAACAACGGGAGGUACUACCGCCAAGGUGGAUCAACAAGCCGCUUCUCGGCCCUCUGUGGAGGCGUCUGAACCACCAGCGUCGUUGAUGCAGGUACGAGAACUGCAUGAUCUGAAUGUUGAAGCUUCUACUCGAUUCAUCAAUCUGCACUUUAUUGUCUUUGUGUUUGCGACCAGGUCUUCCGCCACCUCGACACAACUAGUGGGAUAAUUAGUUCUUGUUUAGGAAGGGAGGUGCAGAUGAUCAUGAUAUAACUCUUCGGCAUGAGAAACUCACACAAACAACACUCAAACAGGAGGGACCUACCGCUGCACUGGAAGUAGACAAAAAAACAAACGAAGAGCCCGCUCCACAGAAUUCGUCAGGCCCAGGAGCAGCAUCAGCACAGGUGCAACCCAAAAAGCGCGUUGCUUUGCCAAAAGCAAAGCGGAAGAACAAUCCAGACAACCCCAUGCUGUUUUACGGGCAAGGUGGAAGUAAAAGGAGCUCGAGCAAGAGCAUUGAUUUUUGC